AUGCUUGGGUUUUUCUUUCUAACCAUUUUUGGCGCCAGAGCAAAUCAAGAUUGCCGAGCGAACACUCGCCUGGGGCGAGAUGGUGAAUUUCCGUUGGUCAUGCUGACCUCUAUACAAGGCUCUGGAAACACCUGGACGCGGCAAUUGAUGGAAUCAGCGACAGGAAUCUUCACUGGCUCGAUUUACAAUGAAACCCGAAUUUAUGAAGAAAACGGCUUCAUUGGGGAAAUUCAACCGAUGCUUUCAGGAAGGACGAUUGGAAACAAGAAUCAUGGCUUGCGACAUUUAGCUCAGGCGGGCGCCAAUAUUCUGGUUAUCAGAAACCCAUACAACACGUUGAAAGCCGAAUUUAACCGAAAACACACAAUACCAGAAGAAACGGGAGGAAAAGGACUUGGUCACGUUGGCCACGCUGAUCCUUCAGCGUUCAACACGACCGACUGGGAUGCAUUUGUAGAUAAGAUGUCGAAUCGAUGGUUCAGGCACUACCAUCGAUACAUCACGGAAUCCGACAAUCUUGGCAUUCCGUUGAAAAUUAUUUACUACGAAAAUCUUCAAGCUGAUAGUGUUUCAGAAAUGAAGAGUUUGUUGGAAUUUUUAGAGGGAGCGAUUGGAUUUCAACCGGAUCGAAAGAGCCAAAGACUUCACUGCAUUUCAAUGGCGCAAAUGGAUGCUUUCAAGCGAGUGAAGAAACCUCUCGGCUGGGAAAUCUACACACCGAAUAUGACGAGAAGCAUCAACAAACUCAUCAAGAAUCUUUCCGACACCAUUGACGCCUACAACUACCCACCAAUGCCAGACUACACCAAAAUCCUUCCCUCUCUUAUCGAGCCAUCUUCCGAAAAAUGA